AUGGGCGACUCAGGCAACACAGAUGAGAAGAAGAACAUUGUCAUCGUUGGUGGUGGCAUUAUUGGCUCUUCCGCUGCCUAUUUUCUGACUCGCCACUCGUUAUACAACCCAGCUCAGCACAAGAUUACUCUUCUCGAAGCGACUUCGAUCGCAUCUGCCGCCUCUGGGAAAGCGGGAGGCUUGUUGGCGUUAUGGGCUUAUCCUAAAUCACUGGUUCCACUCAGUUUCCGUCUUCACAAGGAGUUGGCUGAUGAGCAUGGAGGCAAAGACCGCUGGGGUUAUCGACCUGUAGGUGUUGGUGCGAUAGAGCUUGAAGGACGGAAAGUGGACAAAAACAGCAUUCGAGCAUCUGCCAAAGAGGGAGAUAAGAAACCGAUUAGCACGACUCACAAGGGCGACGAGGCACUGCCGAUUGGCGAGGCUGAUUCAACUGCUGGCACGAAUAAUGUGAGCCUGGAAAAAGAACUGGGCUUCGACAAGAAGCAGCUGCAACAGAGAGGCCUUCCAGACGAUUUGGAUUGGGUUGCCAAUGAGUGUGUACAGGGAUAUCAGAGUAUGGGAUCUCACAAAGACACAGCCCAAGUUCACCCCUACCAAUUCACGACGAGUAUGGCAGAGCUGGCAGCAGAAAAAGGCGUGAAUAUCGUACUCGGAAAGUGCGAGCAGGUAGUUGUGGAAGGUGGUGUUGCUAAAGCUGUUAAGUAUAGCACAAAGGCCACAGGAGAGACUGAGACCAUCGAAGACGUCACAGAUGUCAUUGUCACUGCUGGACCUUGGAGUAAAAAGGUAGACCUGCCGAAGAACUUCAAGGAGGGUAGCAAGAGCAAGGCCAUGAGCGUCACACCUGAAAUAUAUGCACGGCCUAAUAAUGAGCUUUAUGCUUGUGGUGAGGGUGAUCAUCAGGUUCCGUUACCAGAGACGAGCGCAGAAGUAGAAGUCGACGACAAGCGCUGUCAAGACAUCGUGGACUAUUGUGCUAGCUUCUCAGAUGAGAUGAGGGAUGGUGAGGUGCUGGUCAAGCAGGCCUGUUACCUGCCUCAGGUAGAGUAUGGUAAUGGACCACUGAUUGGUAGAACGAGAACGAAAGGAGUUUGGCUUGCUGCUGGACACACAUGUUGGGGGAUCCAGAACGGCCCUGCUACAGGCAAACUGAUGAAUAACCCUCAUCCCUCCGUUACAGCAGAAGCUACAUUUCCAGUCUCAAACAGCCCUCGCGUAUGGGUGAUCAGCAGCGCCGACACCCCAGUCGGCAUCUCACUCCUCCGCCGUAUCCUAACCCACGGCGACUUUCUAGUAGCAGGUAUCGACCAAGCAGCCUUUGAGUCCAACGCCCCAAAAUCGAAAGGCUUCAAAGAAGUCCUCACUGAGAUCGCACACUAUCCCAGUCGCAAAGAUUGGCAAACGCGGUUGAAAGUCGUUAGUUUGGACUUGGCGAGCACGGCACAGUGUCAGGCCGCCAUUGCGACGGGAAUCAGUGCAUGGGGAAAAGUCGAUAUUCUGUUCUGCUGCACGAGUACUACGGUUCUUGGUGCGGUGGAGGAACUUGCAGCGCCCGAACAUGCUGGUCUUGUCAGGAAUCAGUUUGAGACGAAUUUCUAUGGACCGGUGAAUCUAAUCAGAGCUACGAUAUCAGAUAUGCGCAGGCAGACACAUGGACAUAUCAUUGUGCUUACUGGGAUUUCCGGGCAUCUGGGUACGCCUGGGUUGGGGGUAUAUUGUAGCAGUCAGUGGGCUCUUGAGGGCUUCUGUGAUAGCAUUGCGUAUGAGGUUGCGCCAUUUGGUAUCAAGGUUACGGUUGUGCAGAGUAGCGUUGAAAUCGGCAUUCUGACCAACGUCGUUACCGCUGCACCAGCCAUGCCUGAAUACAUGAGUGGUGAUCGGGAAGAUGGUACUCAUGGAGCACCUCUAUUCAGGGGCAUCCUCGAGGGAAUACUUAAUAGACUACCAGGAACGAAGGUACAUCACUCUGAGCCAGAAGCUGAAACCGACAAUGCUAUGAGUCAGCGAGGAGAAAACGCAGACACCAGUCCAAGCAAAACAUCAGAGUCUGGUCGAACGUCAGGCUCAAUCAACUUCACCACUUCAACUACGACAGUGUCCCUUUUCCCUCCACUCAGCUGUGCACAUACCGAAAGGCUUGUCGCCGAGACAGUGCAUGCCAUCACUGCAAUCGGUGGGCAUGAGAACCCACCGGCACGUCACAUAGUGGGUAUCGAGGGAGUAGCAAGCGUGAAGGAGAAGUUGAAGACUGUGAGUGAGGAGCUCGAAGAAUUCGUAGAUACAAGUACGAGCGCCGACUGUGAUAGGGUUGGAGAUAAGAGGAGACGUGGAGACGAUGCAGAAGUGGGAGGUGGAGCUAGAACAAAUGGGGCUGGGCAUGAUCAAAGCUGGGAUGAACAUGUUCAGUCCAUGCAUGCUGCUGCAAGGGUGCUGCAAAGCAUAUGA